GGGGCCUAAACAACCACCGUCUUAUGUGCGGUUGUCAUGGUCUGCACGCUUCCUUCAGAAGCUCACAAGCCUUUCCAAAGUCCUCAACCAAAAAUGCCAAACCCCACCAACCCUAUCUAUUCAAGGAGAAGACUCGAGUAUGGUUUGGGCCACAGAAGUGCUUCUUACUUGGUGUUUGAAGAUUCCACAUUUCCAUCGUCUAUAUCAGUUUGUUGGCUGCAAGAAUCUGAUUACAUGUAUGAUGCUAUCAUUGCUGAUGGUGAGAUCGAUAAGUUCUUCUACCGCGACUGCUUUACAUCCUCUCAAUCCCAUCACUUGCCAUGCUUCGUUCUUUGUGUUCAAAAGCCAAAGCAAAAUCCUUCUUUUCCAGUAUGUUGUGUCAAUAGUGAUUCUCAUCAUUUCUCUCUAUCGAAGUUCUCAUCAUUUCUCUUUUUAUCUUCGGGUUGUGAGAGAGACUAAAUCUUCGUAUCAUCAUCGGAUUGGCGACCCUUUCUCCACAGUCCUUUUGACAAUAGACAGCUGACAACAGAUCGAGUAUGGAAUGAGUCAGACGAGACUUUGUGGCUGAAGGGAACUCAGAAAGAGUAUUCUCCUGAGAGGUUCUUACACGAUGGACUUGGUCUGUGCCACUGACAUACCUAAACCCGCGUCUGCACCGUCUUCAACCCCAACAAAACCAUCACCUCCCACCCCUUGGAAUUAACAAUGAUCCGAAAGACGAGAUCAAUUCUUCAAGCUCAUCUUCCUCUCUUUCUCUCUCCCCCACUAUUCCUCCUCGUUCCGUCUCUUCCUGUGUUACGAUGAUAUACGCCAUCCUCUUUGCCGCCCUUCGCCUCCAAUGCGUCCUCCAAGCUUCGUGCUCCUCCUAUUCCUCCUCCUCCUGGUCCUUCUUUCGAUCUCUUUGCCGGCCAGUGUUGCUUCUCCUCUGUCGACGGUAGCUAUAUCCCGUGCGUCCAACGCGACGGUGGUUUGUGCUGUGGUUCGUUCCAUAGCCAACGAUGAGUACGAGCUUAGUUGCACCAGCCUGCCCACGGGGCUCCAACUCACGUACACGUCGGGCAACAUCUCCUCCUCCGCCAUCGCUGGCGGUGAGGGAUUCCUGUGUUUCCUCCGCAUGUCCACCAAUGUCUCCACCAUGGUGUGGUGGGGCUUCUAUCAGGAAUCCGACUACUAUGGCUCGUCGCGGGACUACAAGAGGGUCUACCGUGGGCCGCCCCUCGCUGACCUCUCGGCUGGAGACUCGCGUGUUUGCGGCAUCCAUGCCGGAGGCCGCCCCAUUUGCUGGCGAUGGAAGCAGCUGGUCUUCCCGGAGGGGGUAAGAUUCUCUGACAUCGCCGUCGGCCGGGACUUCGUCUGCGGAUUGUUACGGGGCUCCAUGGAGAUCCGGUGCUUCGGAAAUGACACCGGCGUCGUGGGCCACGAGCCGACGGGGUCGUAUCGGACGAUCGCCGCCGGAUCCCGGCACGCCUGCGCGGUGUCCAGGGAAGGCAAACUGGUCUGCUGGGGAACAGGGGCGCCAGCAAUGGGAGCGACUCCUUCCGAGAUCAGCUCAUUGGCCUUGGGGGAGAACAAGACGUGCGCCCUCGGAAGCCAAGGAAGAGUGACGUGCUGGGGAGAGAGGUCGAAUUUGCCGUGCAGCCUCAACGACACCCAGUUCAUGGCGAUUCAAGCGAAGGGCAGCGCCAUCUGUGGGAUCCUCAGGGUGGACUACUCGUUGUAUUGUUGGGGCAGCGACGUUUUCGAUCACAAUCCGGUCGUCUACGCGAACGUGUUGCCCGGCACUUGCGUGCCGAUAUCUAGUUGUCCCUGCGGCGUCCUGGAAGGCUCCGGCACACUGUGCGACAGAGGAAGCGCCGUCUGCCGUCUAUGCGAGCCCGAGAAAAUAUCGAAUCCGACGGCAUCUCCGACUCCUUCCUCUCCUCCUCCUCCAUCGACAAACAGAGCCGAGACUUCUCACAAGAGGAGAACGGUUUUCGUGGUGAUAGGCUCCGUCGGGCUCGCCCUCGGGGUUGCGGCAUCGUUCUGCUUCUGUCUGCUCCACUUCGGUCGAUGCAAUGGCCGCGUCCACGACUUGGGCGGAAUGCACAGCGCGGCGGCAGGGGCGCUGCCUCCGGCCGUUCCGUCAGCGCUCGCGAGGCCGCACGGCUCGGAAACCUCGCACACGCCGAUCGAGUGGCGAUUUAGCUCGCUGGUCGGCGGAGGCCGCAGUCCCAUGGUGGAGGAAUUCCCGCUGUCAGUCCUCCUCGCCGCGACCGACAACUUCGCGGAGUCCCACAAGACCGGCUCCGGCAGCUUCGGGUCGGUCUACCGAGCCACGCUGGACGACGGCCGCGUCGUGGCCAUCAAGCGGGCCGAGACGUCGGCCUCGACGUCGAACACCCCCGCCGCCCCCUCAUCAGCAGCGGCCGAGAACAAGCGCCACGACAAGGAGUCGGCGUUCCUCUCCGAGCUCGCCCUCCUCUCCAGGGUGAACCAUAAGAACCUGGUGCGCCUGCUGGGCUACUGCAAGCAGGGCGCGGAGCGCGUCCUCGUCUACGAGUUCAUGACCAACGGCACACUCCACGACCAGCUCCACAAGCUCCCGGGCGCCAGCCUCGCGUCGUGGAGCGCGCGUCUCCGGGUCGCGCUCGACGCCGCGCGCGGGCUCGAGUACCUCCACACCUACGCCGUCCCUCCCAUCAUCCACCGUGACAUCAAGUCCUCCAACAUCCUACUCGACGACACAUGGACGGCCAAGGUCUCCGAUUUCGGCCUCUCCCUAAUGAACCCGGUCGACGAGGAGCAGGGUCCGGUCCGGACCGCCGGCACCGUCGGCUACAUGGACCCCGAGUACUAUCGCCUCCAGCACCUGACCGCCAAGAGCGACGUCUACAGCUUCGGCGUCGUGCUACUGGAGCUGCUCACCGGGUGCAAGGUGAUCCGGCGGUACGACGACAGCGGCACGCCGAAGAACAUAGUGGAGUUCGCGGUGCCGCACAUCGUGGCCCACGACAUCCACCGGGUGCUCGACCCGAACCUCCCGCCCCCGAUACCGAGCGAGAUCGAGGCGGUCACCUACGUCGGCUACCUGGCGAUCGACUGCGUGAGUCCGGAGGGCCGAGAGCGGCCGACCAUGACCGAGGUCGUCGACGGGCUGGAGCGGGCCGUGGCGGCUUGCGACACGCCGGCUGGGUCCCUGGACCGGUCCACCACGGUCCGGUCCAUCUGAACCGCAGAUGCGAAGCGGCUCGCACGUCUUCCCGAUUCUUUUUUUUUUAUUUUGUAAUCUAUAAUUCAUUGGUUGAAUAAAAGAUAUUUUUAUGCC